GGCGGAGGCCCACCCCCUCCCCCCCGCCCCCCGCCGCAUUCUCCGCGGACUUCUCCGGCCCCUUCCGCGACAACGUCCGCCGCUUCCUCCGGGAGUGCGCCCAGCCCCGGGACCGCGCCGCCGUCGCCGCCAGCCCCACCUGGCGCACCGACUUCGUCGGCGGCGGCGGCGGCGGCGGCGUCGGCGUCGUCUUCCCGCUCUACACCGUCGAGGAGGACGUCCGGGGAUCCCCGCGGCCCUUCUGCGACGGUUGCAGAUGCGUCGGUUGGAGUCACCAUUUCGUGUCCAAGAGGAGAUACCACUUCAUCAUUCCCCGACAGGGUGAAUGGACUAGACCCAUGAAUGGAGACAUACUCGAGCUUGACACUCAUCUUUUGCAUGGCAUGAUUCACUGCAACGGUUUCGGGCAUCUUCUCUGUAUUAAUGGCAAUGAGGAGGGCUCUCAUUCUAUUCGCGCCGAAGAAUUGAUGGACCUGUGGGAUCGAAUCUGUGCGAUUCUUCGAGCCAGGAAAAUCACAGUCCAUGAUAUGUCGAGGAAGGGUUCGAUGGACCUUCGGUUGCUGUAUGGACUUGCGUAUGGAUGCUCUUGGUUUGCGAAAUGGGGUUACAAAUUUAAUCUUGGAAGUUUCGGAGUCACGAAAGACAAAUACAACAGAGCACUUGAAGUUCUUGGUUCAUUAGAUCUCAAUACAAUUGUCCAAGACUUUAUUGACACAAGCCAUGGCAGAGCAAUUCGGCAAAUCAUACGUAAAUAUAAAGAUGCCAGCGAGUCUCAAUUGGUCACCAUCAGCGACCUGCUACAGUUUGUGCUUGCUUUCAAUCACAAACAUCCGAUCCAGAAAAAGACUACCGUGGAAGGAUACCCUGCUGUCUGUUCUGAAUCGCAAAUGGUUACAGACAGUCGAAAACCUCUUCAGCUCAAUACAAUUGAUGAUAUUGCACCACCACUGUCUGCUAAUAUCUCGAGAUCCUAUGAAGAGAAGAGCCCAGUUGAUGAUAAUUCUGCAGAAGAUACAUCCUUAAUUUCCGCACUUCCUGUCGCAGAAUUAUAUUCUAGAUGGCCAACAAAAAGGUUGGAGCAUGCAGCUAAAAUUAUAGUCAACACUUUGAAAGAACACCAGGCAGAUGUUAAAGGAAACAAAAGCAUGUCCAGGCAAGAAUUGCGAGAUGCUGUCCGUCUCUAUAUUGGAGAUACUGGACUAAUUGAUUUCGUCAUAAAAAACAUAGACAGCACAAUUGUGGGCAGUCAAAUUGUUCGUCGCAAGAUGAACCCACGAACCAAAACUCUGGUAUUUACUGUUCAAGAAGCUUGCAAGGCAGAAAAGCUUGAAGAUAGAGAUGGUUUGCAUUCGCGUUCUCCAGUUGUAGAGCAAGAGUUUGAUAUUUAUGAGGACUUAUUGUGUUUGUAUGAGAACAUUUUGUUUGGCUACCCGGAUUCCCACCCUGUGAGUUUGGCUACCCAGGUGAUCCUGGACAGCAAGCACUUCGUCAAGGAGUGGAAAUCUGCAAAUGCAAAGGACGAGAAGUUUACGAGAAUCACGUGCAGAGUCAUGCCGACUUACGCUGAGUUGGUGUCGCAUUUGACACGGCCACUGCCGCCAGGCGAGUUGGUUGUUGUCCCUCAGUGCGCGACGACCGGUGAGCUCAAGCUGGCGGUGCAGAGAGCACUGAGGGACACAUACAUCAUAAUGGACCAGUUCAUUGUGAGGGAAGUGAAAGCUUGGGAAAUGCAGGUGAGCGAUGAUCAGCAAGUGCAGCAUUGUGUUCUGGAGUCGCAAAUGGAGGUGUUGGUCAGAGGGCAAGGGCUAGACUUGGAAAGUGAAUUGAGGUUUGAAGGUGGGACAGAUAAUUGGGUGGUGGAUUGUGUGUGCGGAGCGAGAGACGACGAUGGCGAGAGGAUGGUGGCUUGUGAUGUUUGUCAGGUGUGGCAGCAUACCUUGUGCGCCGGUAUUGAGGACGAUGAGGAUGUUCCUUCGAUGUUCAUAUGUGGUAGGUGCAAUGCAGUGAAGCACAACAAGAACUGACUGGUAUAUAUGUUCCUUUUUAUUCCGUUCCUUUCCCGGGUCGGAGAACUUGUAAAUAUCGUUUCGGUCAAUUUUGUUCAUGGCUCUCUAACAUAUAGUCAAGAAAUGUUUUUUGCUUGAUCAGGAUCACCAUGUAGUUGUGGUGCUGCAGAUGAACUGAACAGGCGUAGAUCCGAUUCUUUUAUUCGACUUUGGAAUUAGUGGAAGAGCUCUCGGAUUUUAUUGUUUAUAAUAAUGGAGGGUUUCAGAAAA